AGCAAUACGACUGAUUGUGAAAACAGCAUGUGUUUGGUGAAAGCCAAUGUCUCAUAAUAUUACAAAUAAAACGAGUGAUGUUUUAAUAAACCAUUAUUUUUUUAAGAUAAAUCUUCACUUUUGAGACACAGCGCGGGUCCCUAGAGGGGCACGCGUAAUGACGCGUAAACUCCUCCACUUCCCCAUUCUGCGCACUCGCUUCAACUUCUUCCGCAAAGCAGGUGUUAAAAACAGCGCGUUGUUUAUUUCUGCGCUAUAACGGCCUGUCCACCACGACCACCUAUCACGACUGCUGGAUUUUUUUAUUGCUUGCUUGUUUUGCACAGGUUUGUUUCUCACGUGUCAUCGGUACCUGCCCUGCAACACCUGCGGCGGCGCGCACAACGGAAAUAAAAUUAAUACGCGUUAUUUAUACAGUGCUUGCAUUUUAUUACGGAUGCUUUUUAAACGUUUCCCAUUAGUCGAUACAAUGUUAGACUUGUAAGGCUCGACUUCAGACACAAUGAAGUUCACCGGGUAUCUGAAGUUGCGCAUCGGCGAGGCGGUGGACCUUAAACCCACGACCACCUCAACGCGACUUGCCGUGAUGUUCAACAAGGCGAACCAGACCCUGGACCCGUACAUCAUAGUGAAAGUGGACGAGUAUAAGAUAGGACAGACGCACACCAAACAGAAAACCAACAUGCCCACUUACAACGAGGAGUUCUCGGUUAACGUGAACAACGGCAAGCAGGUAGAAUUGGCCGUUUUUCAUGACGCACCGAUCGGAUACGAUGACUUUGUGGCUAACUGCACCAUCCAGUUUGAUGAUCUGGCGAAGAACUCAAGCACAGAGGAGUCCUUUGAAGGAUGGGUUGACCUUGAACCUGAGGGCAAAGUCUACAUCCUGGUAACUCUCACAGGCACAUUUAAAGAGGAUGACAAUGAAGGAAGGACGCGUCCCUAUAAGGAGUUUAAUCGAAAACGGCAACAGGCAGUUCGCAGGAAAAUCCACCAAGUCAAUGGACACAAGUUCAUGUCGACCUUCCUAAAGCAACCAACAUUCUGUUUCCACUGCAAAGAGUUUAUAUGGGGUGUAUUUGGAAAACAGGGCUACCAAUGUCAAGUUUGCACCUGUGUAGUACACAAGCGAUGCCAUCAGUUUGUGGUUACGGUCUGUCCACGCAUGAAGAAACCUGCCAAAGAGCAGACUACAAAUCAGGGGUUCAGUAUAAACAUCCCUCAUAAAUUUGGCAUCCACAAUUAUAAGGUUCCUACUUUCUGUGAUCACUGUGGAUCUUUGCUAUGGGGUCUUGUACGACAAGGACUACACUGCAAAAUUUGUAAGAUGAAUGUCCAUAUCCGCUGUAAAGGAAAUGUCGCACCAAACUGUGGAGUCAACAACGUAGAACUGGCCAAUAAAUUAAAAGAGAUGGGGCUUGAACCAGGAGGAAUGACCAAACGCAACUCUCUGGGUCUUGCAGGCAUGGACACUUAUUCCCGGGCGCUGAGUGUGAGAGGAGAUCGAGGGCAAUUAAAGAAAGAGACGUGUCGAAAGCUGGGAGUCUCUGACUUCACGCUCCUGCAGGUGCUGGGAAAAGGAAGCUUCGGCAAGGUGAUGUUGGUCCGGUUAAACGGUUCUGAUCAGGUCUUUGCAGUGAAGGUCCUGAAGAAAGACAUUAUUCUCCAGGAUGAUGAUGUGGAGUGCACUAUGACAGAAAAACGAGUGUUAGCCCUUGCUUCCUCUCAUCCUUACCUCACUGAGCUCUACUGCUGCUUCCAGACACCGGAGCGUCUGUUUUUUGUGAUGGAGUUCGUGAAUGGAGGGGAUCUGAUGUUUCAUAUUCAGAAGUCCAGAAAGUUUGAAGAGAACAGAGCGAGGUUCUACACAGCAGAAAUCACAUCUGCCCUCAUAUUCCUCCAUAGCAAGGGGAUUAUAUAUAGGGAUCUGAAGUUGGACAAUGUUCUGCUGGAUAAAGAUGGUCAUUGCAAACUUGCUGACUUUGGCAUGUGUAAAGAGGGGAUGUUUGAGGGUCUUGUCACGGGAACCUUCUGUGGAACCCCAGAUUACAUUGCUCCAGAGAUCCUUCAGGAGAUGCUGUAUGGGCCGUCGGUUGAUUGGUGGGCUCUCGGAGUGCUUCUGUAUGAGAUGCUCUCCGGCCACGCCCCCUUUGAGGCGGAGAAUGAAGAUGACCUCUUUGAAUCCAUCCUGAACGAAGAGAUAAUGUAUGCGUCCUGGCUCAGCACAAACGCUGUGGACAUACUCAAAGCGUUUUUGACGAAAAAUCCAUCUCGUCGUCUGGGUUGUGUGGCCGCGGACGGGGGGGAGACUGCAGUAAUCAGUCACCCAUUUUUUACCGGUAUUGACUGGGACAGACUUAAUCGUCGUGAGCUCGAACCGCCUUUCAAGCCCAGAAUUAAAACUGCAGAAGAUGUGAAUAACUUCGAUCCAGACUUCACACAGGAGGAUCCAACUUUCACGCCCAUUGACGAAGCCCUCAUCUCCUCCAUAAGUCAGGACGAGUUUCGGGACUUUUCUUUCAUCUCUCCUGAGCUCUUAAAAAUUGUUUCUGAGACGCAGGGUAUAGGUGAAGAAACGUGUGAUGUCACCGAAACAAACUAAUUGUAAUGCCAUGUUGGAGAAAAAAAUGAAAGGACUUGGUGUCCAACGUUUUUUUGCUUAGCCUGUUUGUUCCUGAGUUACAUGACAUCAUGACAGUGUAAGGCCCAAUCCCAUUUCUCUGUCUUACCCCUUACCCCUUAGUUUUGCACAUUCACAUACCUAACCCUAAUGUGCAAAACUAAGGGGUAACGGAUAGGGGUAAGACAGAGAAAUGGAAUUUGGUCUAAAUGUAGGUUAUUGUAACUGUGUAUCUUGGUGUCAGAUGCAUCAUGGGUGAUGCAGAGAGAUAUUAAAGACAUGUUAUCCACAAGACUGCAAUUACAUUUCUGCCCUCAAGCAGGUUUGCUAAUCACAGCGGCACAUAAAAACUCAUCUAGAGAUGAACUGCACAUGUUUUGACAGGAUCUCGAUGAUCUUGGCUUGUCCCAGUAUUAAUUCCCGAAUGUUUAGAAGAUGAACUGCAGUCAGUCUUGUUGUAUGUGCUAUUUUGAUGUCAAAGAAAUGGGAGAAUAGAACUCAUGAGAAAGUAUUUUUAAAUUAAAGCUGUAUUUUUUACUAAUAUA